GGAAGGGAUGAAGGGGCGGGGCUUGAGGGUGACGUUGCCGCUUGGCUCCGCCCCUCGCUCCGGCUCAGUCGAGGCAGCCAGAGCGCUUCUCGCUUCUUCUCCUCAGUGAGGCCUUGCUCGCCGGCGGAGCCUGCCUUUCCUGAAGCCGGGGACGGGAAAAGGAAGCAGCCAGGCGGGCAAGAGGAGCAGGAGGAGCCGGGGCUUGGGCCUGGGCCUCCGCCUCCUUCCGCCCUUCUCUCCUUCGGCAUGGUCUCCUCCCCGGCGGCCCCGGUCGCAGAGCGAGAAGCUGAGGCGGAAGUAGCGGAGGAAGGGCCUGGAAGCGAUGCCGGAAGGAGGCCGCCCAGCCGGGCAGCCCAGCCCCGCCGCCCCGCCAGCAGGUGUGCAUAAUUCCCAAGCUCUGCCUUUCAGGCCUGGCAGACCAAGAGAGACAAAAAGAAGCAUUUGACCUUUAAGGCAGAAGGCAGUAUUGCAGCAAAGGGAAUUUUAUCUUGCCUCGCUUCGAGACGUGAGGAGCUGCAUAUUGGAAAUAUAUCCAUCUCUCUCUCUCUAUAUGAUAUAUAUAUAAACAUACGCACAUACCUAUAUUUUUUGGGAGAGGGAAACUUGCACAGCAACGGCGCGAAAGCAGGUGCAUGUCUGGAGCCAUGAAGAAGUUUUUUGACUCUCGGCGGGAGCAGGGGGGCUCCGGUGCCGGUUCCGGGCCCCUCGGCGGGAGCGGAGGCAGCGGCGGGCCUGGCACCGGGUACAUCGGCCGGGUUUUCAACAUCGGGAGGCACCAGGUGACUGUGGAUGAGGUCCUGGCCGAAGGCGGGUUUGCUAUUGUGUUCCUGGUGAGGACUGGCAACGGCGUGAAAUGUGCCCUCAAACGCAUGUAUGUCAACAACGAACACGAUCUACAAGUCUGCAAACGGGAGAUUCAGAUCAUGCGGGAUCUUGUAGGACACAGGAACAUUGUCGGCUACAUCGACUCCAGCAUUAACUCCGUCAGCAGCGGGGACGUCUGGGAGGUCUUGAUUCUGAUGGAUUUCUGCCGAGGCGGCCAAGUGGUCAACCUGAUGAACCAGCGGCUGCAGACGGGCUUCACGGAGAACGAGGUCCUGCAGAUCUUCUGCGACACCUGCGAAGCCGUGGCCAGGCUGCACCAGUGCAAGGCGCCCAUCGUCCACAGGGAUCUGAAGGUGGAGAACAUCCUCCUCCAUGACCGCGGCCAUUACGUCCUAUGCGACUUCGGAAGCGCCACCAACAAAUUCCAGAACCCGCAGCUGGAAGGAGUGAACGCGGUGGAAGAGGAGAUCAAGAAGUACACCACGCUGUCCUACCGCGCACCUGAGAUGGUCAACCUCUACAGCGGCAAACUGAUCACAACAAAGGCGGACAUUUGGGCCAUGGGCUGCUUGCUGUACAAGCUCUGCUAUUUCACCCUGCCCUUCGGAGAGAGUCAAGUGGCCAUUUGCGACGGGAACUUCACCAUCCCUGACAACUCCCGCUACUCCCACGACAUGCACUGCCUCAUACGGUAUAUGCUGGAGCCCGAUCCCGAGAAACGGCCAGAAAUUUACCAGGUCUCCCAUUUUGCCUUCAAACUGGCGAAGAGGGACUGCCCGGUCCAGAAUGUACAGAACUCUCCGCUCCCUGCCAAACUCCCUGAGCCAGUGAAAGCGAGCGAAGCCGCUGCUAAGAAAAGCCAGCCCAAAGCCAGGCUGACGGACCCGAUCCCCACGACGGAGACGUCCAUCACUCCCCGCCAAAGACCCAAAGCCGGGCAGACACAGCCGAACCCGGGGAUCCUGCCCAUCCAGCCGGCCCUGACGCCCCGGAAGAGGCCCACGGUGCAGGCCAACGUCCAGCCGCAGGUGGCAGCUGCGGGAGCCCUGGCUGGUGGGCAGCCCGCGCACCCUGCGGUCAUUGUGCAGCCGAAGGCUCUGGCGCAGCCCCCUGCGUCCCUCCCACAGGCCCAGCCCAAGCAGGGGCUUCCUGGGCAGCCACCUGCCGUGGCCGCUCAGCCGCAAGGCCCCGGGACUCCGGCCCAAGCCACGCCACAGCACCAGCUCUUCCUCAAGCAGCAGCAGCAGCAGCAAGCGCAGCCCGUGCCACAGCCGGCAGCACCCGCUGCGUUUUAUCAGCCGCCGCCACCGCAGCCUCCCUUGCAGGCCCAACAGGUGAUGCCUCCGGCCGCGCAGUCGCAGGUGAAGGCUCCGUUCCCGGUGGGGCCGCAGGGAGCCGUGACGCCCACACAGCCUCCGGCACCGGCUCCGCAGCAGCCACAGCAGCAGCCUCCGGCCGUGCAGAGUUACAUGCAGCAGCAGCAGCAGCUCUUGGCCCAGCAGGCCGGCCUCCAGCAGAAAGCAGCAGCUGGACAGCCAAAGCCUCCGACUCCGAUGGGGCCGCAAGCAGCGGUCCAGCCUGUCCCAUCGAAGGAUCACCCGCAGGCACCUCCGCGGCAGAAGGACAAGCACCUCCCGGCGACCCCUGCGGCGGCCGUCCAGGGCCAGAAGCCGGGCUCCCUCACGCCGCCCUCCUCCCCGAAGGCCCAGCGUGCCGGGCACCGCAGGAUCCUCAGCGACGUGACCCACAGCACCGUCUUCGGGGUCCCGGCCAGCAAGUCCACGCAGCUCCUCCAGGCCGCCGCGGCCGAAGCCGGACUCAACAAAUCCAAGUCGGCCUCCACGACGCCGUCCGGCUCUCCCAGGACUUCGCAGCAGAACGUCUACAACCCCCCGGACGUCUCCACCUGGAACCCUUUCGAUGAUGACAACUUCUCCAAACUCACGGCGGAAGAGCUGCUGAAUAAAGACUUUGCAAAACUGGGCGACGGGAAGCCUCCGGAGAAGCUCGGCAGUUCGGUGGAGAACUUGAUCCCCGGUUUCCAGCCGGCGCCGCCUGCCGCAACCCAGGCAGACGCCUUUGGCCCUUCGCCCCUCGCACCUGUGCCAGCUGAAAAAACUAAAGACAUCCUGGACUCCAGCCCUCCGCUGCUGGUGGUCGCUGACCCUUUCAUUCCUCUUCCGCUGUCAGAGACGCCAGAGAAACUGAUUGAGGGCCUCAAAUCUCCCGAACCUGCUCUUCUGCUCCCCGACCUUCUGCCUCUUGCCGACCCCUUCGGUUGCGCCUCUGAUGCCGUGAAUGGAAAAGCCGACCUGGCGGGGGCCGCAGAGAGCCUCAUCCCGGGCCUGGAGGCCCCCAGCGGCCAGCAGCGCCUCUCCUCCUCGCAGACCGACUCUGUGGCUUCCAACAGAGCAGACUCUCUGACCGGAGAGGACUCCCUCCUGGACUGCUCUCUGCUCUCCAACCCGGCUACCGACCUCCUGGAGGAGUUUGCGCCCUUGGCUGUGCCACCCCAGGCUCACAAAGGCGCCCACCCCGCGGAGCCCACCGUCUACUUUGUGGUCAAUGCCGAGCAGAGCCGAGGCGGGACUCCUUUCCUGCUGAACCGGCGGCAAGUGGAGAUCCCGGGCGGCGGAGGCCAGACGCCGGAUUCGGUGGCAAAGGAUGGCUCCGUCCACAGCAGCGAAGAGGAAGCGAUGGAGGAUGAGGGAGACCUGCUGGAUUGCAGCGGAUCCCGGCCUCUGCUGAUGGAGUCCGAGGAGGAGGAGGAGCCCUGCAAGGCCAGCCAAGAAAGCACUGGGGUCUCCGGGGACACCUUGAAACCACUUGCGGGAUCCGCAGAGACGGACGUCUUUGCCACCGCACCGUUCCGAACCUCCAAACCGGUCCCGGAGGACAUCUUCGCCAAAGCGCCGUUUGCCUCCAAGAACCCCGUUUCGGCCAAGCCGUCGGACGAAGGCGACGUCUUCCUCCGGGCCCCGUUCAGCAAGAAGAAGAGCCAGGAGGAGCUGCCGAAGGAGCUGGCCAAGGAGGCGUCUCCGUCUGCACCGGGAACCGGUCCGUAUGGUUUCAGCCCGGCGUUGCCGACCCCGGAAGCGCCCCCCCCGAAUUGCCUCCUCUGGCACACUCCGUACCCGCCGGCCUUGUUCUCCCAGCCGCACAGUGUGGACGCAGCCCCGGCUCAAGAGGCGGCUGGGGACCCGUCCAGCGUCGACAACGACCUCCUGCGCGGCCUCUUGGGCCCGACAGCCGCCCGUCCCGUCCGCCCACAGGCGUUGGCCAAAUACUCCCGGCAUUACAAGCCGGAGGCCCUCGCCCAGCCCAUCGCGGCCUACAAAGUGGUGUCUCAGACCAACCGGCAGGCCAUUGCCGGCUCCGUGUCCGUGGCCGCCUCCCUUUCCUCCAGGACUACGGAGCUGCCCGGCUCCGACCCAUUUGCCUCCGCACCCUUUCCCUCCAAACUGGGGAAGCAGAAGCCCUGAAGCGUCUCUCCCCCAAAGACAUAGGGAUGCGGGUUCAUUAUUUUGGAUAGGCUGCCUUACCAAGCCUAUGAUGACAAUACACUCCAUAUAGAGAGAGAGAUAGGCUUGAAGAUCCAAUUGCUGUGACGCUCGGCUCAAUCCUAUGAAGCCACUGGUUUUGGACCAUUGCAUGUUCUCCUUCCUCCUGUCUUCCAUUUCUGCCCCAACAUUUAAGCAACGAUUUAAGCCAGUAACCAGAAGGGCAAGAUCCUGGAUAGAACUAUUUCCCUCUUUAUAUUAGUAUCCGUUAUGAUUGAUAAAGGGCCGAAGAACGUGGCACCCAAGGGAGAAGCUUUGAAGAAAACGACGCAAACGGUUCCUGGACGAUGCUAGCGCAUCAAACUGGCCGCUGGAAACAAAAGUUUUGUUCUGCAAUGUGUGUGUACACUUAUAUAUAUAUAUUAACAUACCCAGCGUCACAUUCUAGAUGGUUUUGGUAUUACAGCACUUCCAACUGGGCUGGAGUCUUCGGGAAAGUAAAGGAGAAGGUUUGGGAUUGGGCUUCGUUGCCCCACGAAGAGAUUCUCGGCACAUUCCUUCACGAAAACGUCAAGAAUUUGGCACACUCACCUGUCCUUUCCUUUCCAUCUGGACACAAGUGUUUGCUCUCAUUUUUACAACAGCGGCCUGGAAAUUGCAGGCAAGGCCAGGUGC